AGUGGCGGGGGAUUCUGAGUCUGCAGCGCGUUCAUGGCCGUAGAUCCGCCGCUCGAAUCGAGCAGAUGUGCAAGACUGUGAACAAAAGGCCUAGGGUGGGACAGAGGUUGUCCUCGAGAGACCACGGCCGGCUGCAGCAACUCCGCCGUUGUUUGCACUCUCACUACAAGCCCCGCGUGCAGACAUAUAAACCUCGUCCCCCAGGCUUGUUCCGCUCGCCCGCGCUCUCUGCAGCCUCCCAUCUGCGCAUGACGAUCAGCUUUGGCGGCUGUUGGAUCGCGAUCAAGCCGUCUGAUCGCCGAUCCCAUCAUACCUUCAUCCAGCGCCAGCUCGCCUCGACACCCGUCCGCCCUCCGCUGUCGCCCGCGAACUGGGCGAGCGAAGUCAUCUGGUUCAACGUCUUCGUCGUCAUCACAACGCCGCUCGUCUCGCUCUAUGGUUUGUACACGACCCCCUUUGUCACGCGGACAGCCGCACUAUGUGUGCUAUAUUAUCUCUUCAACAUGAUAGGGAUCACAGCAGGGUACCACAGGCUUUGGUCACACAGAGCCUACAACGCUUGCACGUUGCUGCAACUUUUCUACGCGCUCGCGGGAGCCGGCGCGGUGCAAGGCUCAAUCCUUUGGUGGGCCCGCCACCACCGCGCGCACCAUCGCUACACAGACACCGACCUCGACCCGUACGGUGCCCACCAUGGCCUGUGGUGGUCGCACCUCGGCUGGAUGCUCACGAAGCCGCGCAUCCGGCCUGGCCCCGCAGACACGAGCGACCUAAAGCAAAGUUGUGUGGUAGUUUGGCAGCACAAGCUUUUCUUCCCGCUCGCCCUGGCGUUUGGUCUCGUGAUCCCGACCGUGGUCCCCGGGCUGUUCUGGGACGACUGGUGGGGCGGCUUCUACUUCGCCGGCUUUCUGCGACUGACCCUAGUACACCAUUCUGUCUUCAGCGUCAACUCCCUAGCGCACUGGCUUGGUUCGACGACCUUCGACGACAAGCUGAGCCCGCGGGACCACUUCUUCACCGCGAUAGUGACACUCGGCGAGGGCUACCACAACUUCCACCAUCAGUUCCCCAUGGACUACCGCAAUGCCGCGAAAUGGUACCAAUGGGACCCGACGAAGUGGUUCAUCGCAGGUUGCGCAAGGCUGGGGCUGGCAAGCCACUUGCGCGUCUUCCCAGAAAUGGAACUCAAAAAGUGCGAGCUGACGAUGAAGCUAAAGGGGCUCAAGCGCGAGCAGGACGCCUUGACAUCGCCAAUGGAAUCAGCCAAACUACCGAUUAUAGACUGGGAGACUUACCAACAGGAGUCGAGGGAGAGGGCACUCGUGCUUGUUGCUGGUUUCAUUCAUGAGGUCGGCCCGUUCCUCGAUGACCACCCGGGAGGCCGAAAGCUCCUUGAGGCGCACAUCGGACGGGACGGGACAACGGCGUUUUUCGGUGGAGUGUACGAUCACUCAAACGCUGCGCACAACUUGCUGGCCACGAUGCGUGUCGGUGCGCUUCACGGGGGGCUCGAGCAAAUCAGCGAGCGUGCCAUACCUCCAUGGCAAAGGCUCCAGGUGCUCUCCGUCGGCGAGCAGCGCCUCCGCCACGACUGACGGUGUGGGUGGCGCAUGCUCCGUCAGCCGGGUCCAGACUUUUCGGACUUAGGGGGUGCUCGUGGCGGAGGACUUUGCUGUAACGCCGAAUAUCUGAUUCAUGCUAACAUGAGCUAUGCAAGCAUGCAGUGGUUAAUCUCCCGAAUUGCUGGCGCCAAAGAUCGGUCUGUAUCGGCCUCUAGUUAGGAGACGUUUCAAAUUAAUUUCAG